UACAGAGAGCGAGAGAAACAGCGACAAGGCCCCAAAGCAAACAACUGCCAUAAAUGCAAGCUGCUGCUCCUUCUCUGCAAGGGCAAUGUCUGCUAUGUGGCUACAUGUUGGACAAUGUGGCAAUCAGAUUGGCAAGGAGUGGUGGCAGAUCCUAACCAGCGAGAAGGGGCUGCAUGCAGAGGCUGAUAGAUAUCCGUUUUUCUCCCCCGAUGGACAGCUAAGCGCUAUCUGCGUGGACAGCGAACCAAAAGUGGUGAGGAAGCUGCAGAAACAAGUCAGGAGAGGCUCUUUCAGGGAGACCAAUCUUAUUGUGGGGAAGCGAGGAAGAGGCAACAACUGGGCUUAUGGAUACCAUGGCCUGCACUCAGCCAGUGAGAAGAACCUCCUAGAAAGGACGAUGGAGAGUCUGCGGAAGGAGGUCGAGCGCAGAGACUGUUACUAUGGGACGGUGCUUUUCCAUAGCCUCAGCGGCGGUAAAGGAGCUGGCCUCAGUUCCCGGCUGUGUGAAGCGAUCCGAGACGAGUACUCCCUGGGUCAGAUCCUGUCAGUGACGGUAGCCCCUCACCAGGCGGGCGAGAGCCCUCUGCAGCACUACAACUCCUUGCUGUGCCUUUCGUGGCUCCAGAGGUAUGUCGACGGCGUCCUCCUGUUUCAGAACGAUGCCGUGUUGAGGAGGACAGCAGCUCUGCUUGGGAAGAAAGCGCCAGUGUCUGACAUGCAGCCCCAGGUCUCCCUCUCCGCCAUGAACACCUACGUUGCUUCCUGCCUUGCUGGGCUGCUUUACCCUCUCAAGGCUUUCACGACAGGAAGUGGAAUCAGUCUGGGGCUGGAACCCUGGGAGCUGCUGAGGUCUGUCUGCCCCAUGCCGACGAUGAAAUUCCUUCACAUAGCUCAAGCCUGCAAGAGCUUGCCUUGUUUGCAGCAUUAUAGCACCUCUGUGCUCGCUGUAGCCCGCAGCUACCAAGAGGACACCUUUCUUCUGUCCCGUGACUCAGUGCUGAGGAAGUUGAAGCAAGCCUACCGCUGUGUUCCUUGGAAUCCCUUCCCUCUCAGCUGCUGGACAGAUUCUCUCAACAUCGUGGAGCCUGGAUGUCACAGCCACUCGCUGACUGUCUGCGCCAAACACAGCAGCUCAGCGGAACUCCUGCAGCAGGUGAUGGCCAGAGCAGAGGCGAUGUACAAGACCAACGCCUACCUCCACUGGUACUGGCGAUACGGCUGCGAGGAGGAGGAUUUCCAGCAGGCCUUCGAGAUGCUCUGCUCUGUGGCAGACGAUUACAGCCGGCUGGGAGAAUAA